AUGUCGUCUUCAGGAAAAGAUGAGAGCUCAUUGUCCCCAGGAACUCAUCCUCGCAGCCAUAUCCCUGAUUGGAAGUGGAAAGGAACCCUUGCAGUGCUUAUUGUGACAACCCUUAUUAAUGGCUAUGAUGUGAGCAACGUGGCUAAUAUUCAGCCCGCCCUUUACGAAGCCUUCGGCAACAUUACGCUUCUGCCAUGGAUCAGCCUGUCCUUCAGCCUCGCCGUGUUUGCCGUCCUAUCCUUCUCCCGGAAGAUCAUGUAUUGCGUCGACAUGAAAUGGAUUUAUAUCUCUAGCAUCGUGAUAUUCAUGACUGGUGCUGCUGUGGCAGGUGCAGCCCCCAACCUCCCUGCGGUCAUUGUUGGACGGAUCGUCAUGGGUGUCGGUGGAGCUGUGGUUUACCAAAGCAAUUUGACAUUUGUCGCUGUCUUCGCCACGCCCGAUGAGACACCUCGUCUAUUCGGUCUUCUGAGCGCAAUCUGGGCGGUGGGUCUCGUCAUUGGAGGUCCUAUCGGAUCCGCUCUCGAAUCGAACAGACACACCACCUGGCGGUGGGCUUUCUACAUGAACCUACCCUGGGGGGUUCUCAGUCUUGCGGUCGCCAUUCUUUGCCUUCCUCGCAAAUACUUAGGGCCAGACACUCCGUUGGUCUCCCGACUGAUGGCGAUCGACCCCGUCGGCAUUGCGUUCAACAUAGCAGCCCCAGUACUAUUUGCCCUCGCAUUGGAAUUUUCCGGUCCUGUAUGGGACUGGGGCUCCGGGCGCUCUAUUGCAGUCUGGGUGGUUUUCGGAGUGGUUCUGGUUGGAUGGAUCGUCCAACAAUAUUGGUGCAUUGGCACGACUUCUGAACAACGCGCUGUCCCUCUUCACUUGUUCAACCGGGUUGACCUGCUUCCGCUUUGGAUCGCGUCUGGCUGUGCGGGCGCAUCAUACGCUAUCACACUCUACUACACGCCGCUCUUCUUUGCUUUCGUUCGCGGCCACAGCGCCAUAGAGCAGACCACCCGUCUCCUUCCUUUUGUUAUGGUCUUCAUUGCCGUGGUCAUCUUCGUCGGUGGAUUGCUCCCGGUGUUCGGUCGUUACAAUCUUAUCUACAUCGUUGCAGGCAUUACAACUGUCGCGGGAGCCGGCGCUAUGGCCGGCACACUGAGUCCCGGUGUCUCCGAAUCCCAGAUCUUAGGCUUGGAAGCACUCAUAGGCGUUGGCCUUGGAUGUUCGUUCCAGCACGGGGUAGGUGUCUCGAAUGUGAUAAACAAGAACCCACGGGACCGCGUUGACAGCGCGGUCAUGUUCAACAUGGCACAGAUGGGUGGCAUUGCAAUUGCUCUGGCGCUUGCGGGCUCGAUUUUUCAAAAUGUGGGGUACAAACUGCUGAUGGACGCCAUUGGGGACAACGGAUACUCGAAAAAAGACCUGCGUGAGGCGCUCGCUGGGGUAUCGUCAGCAGUCUGGCAGUCUGGAAAUCCCGAUGUACUUUCUCGUGGAAUUGAUGCCGUGGCCACGGUGAUUGGGCGGGAGUUCUAUCUAGUUGUGGCUGGUGGUGCCAUCUGUCUCGUGUGCGGGUUGGUGAUGCGUUGGGAGCGGUUGGACUAUGGCAGGCAUAAGAACAAGCCUGUCGAGGAAUGA